UUACUUUAAUAAAUUAUUUCAAAUGUAUUGCAAGUAAAGGUAAACAUAACGGUAUUAGUGACCAAAAUAACUUGUAUUUAUUUAAAUAAAUAUAUUUAAAAAAAACCAUGGAAAUUAAAGAAAAUUAUAAAAAUAUCCCGAAAAAAUGCAGUUUCGAAGACGCGCUUAAUAUAACAGGUUUUGGAAAAUACAACUUUACUCUAUUGCUGGUAUGCUGCCUACUGAUCUUAGCCAUGUACAUUGACAUAUUCGGGUUCUCCGUGGUGCUGCCCAGUGUUGCGUGUGACAUGGAGCUCACGACUUCCGAACAGGGCCUGCUUUCUGCUGUGCCUUUAAUUGGUGUAAUGGUAUCAUCGUACGCAUGGGGUCUCGGCGCUGACACUAUUGGCCGACGUACAACAUUACUUAUAGCUAUGCCGAUUGGAAUGCUCCUCAACUUGGCUGCUAGUAUAGCUCCAAACUAUAUAUCUUUGGCUAUACUCAAGUUUUUCUCAGCUGGUUUUACGUCUUCAGCCAAUGCUGCUGCGUUUGUUUUGCUGGGGGAAAGUAUUCCAGCUCGAUACAGAGGUCGAUUCAUGUUCUUAAUGGCGAGUGCCACCAUGUAUGUGCAAUUUGUUAUAUGUGUUAUCGCUCUACCCAUAACACAGACUUCGUUCAUGAUUGAUGUAUCUUGGUUAUCAAUGACCUACCGACCUUGGAGAAUGCUACUGCAAGUCAUCAGCUUGCCGGGCAUCAUUGGAGUUGUUGGAAUUAUAUUUCUUCAGGAAAGUCCGAAAUUUUUACUUAGUAAAGGAAAGGAAGAAGCAGCUAUUGAUGCUUUAAAAAAUAUAUUUAGAUGGAAUAAAGGAUUAAACAAAGAGAGUUUCCCAGUCAAAUCAAUUUUCCUAGAAGAAUUUGAGACACCAAAUAAUGCAAAUGCGUCAUUUCUGCGUAAAAUGUGGAAUCAAACGGCGCCACUUUUUAAGCCACCUCUUCUUAAAAACUCUCUGAAACUAUACUACAUUCUACUUUGUGCUUAUAUGACUUCAACGGGCUACACGAUGUGGGUGCCAACAGUGACAAAUGCUUUCUUCAAUGGAGAAGAUAGUGAGGGCAAAACAUUCUGUGAAGUUGCAAGCACAGCCGCCACUUCUUCAAAUACCACUACUACAACCGAUUGUGAUAAUGUUAUAAAACCCAUGACCCUCUAUGCGGUCAUGUGCUACUCUGGUAUAUCCGGCUCUUUGAACAUCGUACUUACAUUCGUGGUUGGACCUCUUGGCAAGAAAAGGACGACGAUACUCGUCUUCUCCGUCGCUAUAAUCUGUGGAUUUGUCCUUCUUUUUAUCAAGAUUCCAAUUAUGAGUAUCGUUUUGUUCUAUUUCUUUUUGUACGUGGCACUUAUUUUGGGCAACGUGAACACUUACAUAGUAGAACUUAAUCCUACGUAUUUGAGGGGUAUGGCAACAUGUUUGUCCGUUGUAGUUGCACGUGGAUUCGGAUUUAUUAGCGUCCAAUUAAUUGCAAGCUUACUCGCUAAUUAUUGCACACCGAUGAUCUCUGGAUACAUUGCACUUAUUGUUUCUGGAUUAGUCGUAUCAUUCUUCCUACCACCGGAUAAAUCAUCUAAAGAGGAUAUGAUUGAAAAUAAUAAAUCAUUAAACAAGAAAAUUAACAUAGAAAGAACUGAAUUAUAGCAUUAUUAGUAUUUUAAAUAAUUUAGUUUUAAUAAUAUUGUAAA